AUGCUGGACACCCCAAUACCUAAGCAUGAGUAUAGGGAGUUACAUGCUUUAAAGAACCAGGGAAGUCCAGGACGUGCUCCACCAUUGAUCGAACACACCUUUACCGUGUUCAGAUGGCAAGAUACACCCAUUUCACAAACUUUUGACGAGGUACUUUUCCAGAGGAUUAUGCAAUGCCUAGUUAUUUGGGGAUCCAGUAUCACCAGACUUGGCAAUCUGCCAGUUUGGAGGCUGUCUAACAGCCAUGGCAAAUGUAGCCUUGGAGGACGCAGAGUGAUAUUUUUAGCACCGAACCAGUCAUCAUGGCAACAACCCCACACGGGGAACAAACAACUAACCGCCAUGACAAGUGGCAGGGGGGUGCAGAAAGUGCAGCUGCAGCCUAUACUAACUUACCUCAGGGGAGGGGAGGCUGGAGGGGGCCCUAAGAGUAUGGGGGAGUGUCUGUGUCACUCUCCUAUCAUGCAGGAAAGCAGCAACGCGUGCAGGACGGAGUUAACAGCCAGGACAGAUGGUGCUGGAGCUUCACAUGGCUCAUGGAGGAGGGACGGAACAGAGCAGGAGCAUGCCGCAGCAGUAGGAGGAACCAGCACAGGGAACGGAACCUCAACUGGGCAGGUUAACGCCACAACCAGCUACUAUUACACGCCCAUUUUGAACUCUCAGCAGACCCUCCUUAGGCCAAUCAUGACAGCACAGCCGCCUCUCUACUCUCCCCUUCUUCCACCUCAGCAGCACACUUAUGCCAUGCCCCAUGCAUCACCCUCAGCUGGAUCUACAUAUUUUGCAAACCUGAGUGAGAGCAUGCGAGGGGGGUUAAGUGACAUGAUCCCAGGAUCAUCAGACAGCCUCUACAAGGAAGUGGGGCAUCUGGGAAGACAAGGCCAGGGAACAGGCAUCACUCACUCCUCAAAGCCUUGUGAUGCCUCUGCUGACCCUCGGCAGUAUGCCAUGGAGGUGUGCCAGCGGAGAUUACCACAGGAGGGAGUUUACAAUGGCGGGACUUACCCAUCAUGCGGUGGGGAAGUGACGAGGCCCAACCACACUACUCAUCACGAGCAGAGGGCGGCGUCCUAUGAGGACUACUCUCGGAUGGGGGUUUAUACAGAGGAUGGCAGCGGAAGGGGGUGGGAAGGGAUGGGAAAUUGUGGCACAUCUCGCUCUGCCUCAGCUGCCAACCAUACUACCCACCCCUACACCUAUUCCUAUACUGACUGUCGUCUGGAUGCAGCCUGGAACAAGUGUGUGGCUGGAAUGGGCAUUGGGGGACCCAUGGCUGGACCCAGUGGAGAGAAUUUCCCCUCACAAGAGCACCAGGUGGACUCCCCUCAAGUGAAGACCACAGCCCGGGGUGCCACCAGCCACACCCUGGCAGUUAAUGUCAAUAUGGGGAUGCCUUCUGGGGAUCCCUCAAUGACCCGCUCCCACUACGAUUAUCAGCCCUUGCCAGGGGCUCAGAUUCCACCCUUCCUGCCCUAUCUCACGCCUUUGAACUAUCAGCAAGUAACUGAUGUUGUUGACAGGCGGGUUGAAACACGUACUGAUCACAGAGCUGUAAAUCGUUCAGAUGUGCAGAACUGUGCUGGACAAGGAACUUCAACAAGUUCCCGUCACCUUGAACAGGCUGCAGCCCCGUCAGAGAAGCAUGUGGUCCACUCUAUACCACCAUCAGGCAAUGUAGCUCCACCAAUGUCUAUUACUCAGCCCACAGACACUCAGAGAAGUGUCAGUGGCCACAUCAAUACCUCAGCCACCACCCACAGCACACACCAGGAGUGUCUUGGACAAAACAAGAACAUUGUGGUGGACCAAGUACAGUCAUGCACUCAUAUGAAUCUCAAGAAGAAGACCUCGGAAGCAGGCACCGACAACCAGCUGUGUGGCUCAUGCAGUGGGGGAACUACCAUAGCAGAGACCCAGCAGGGAGCCAUCAGUAAUGCGAGCAUGAUUGGCAGUGGCGUUCUUGUUGUCCCAGCAGAAGGAGUGAUACCAUGUCCCAUUGAGUCAUUGGUCGCUGCUGUAGCCAAGAAUGAACCAUCAACCUCCUUCAAAAAGAAACGUACGGAAGAGGAGGAUUCUAUGACUGGUGGAGGUGAGGGACUAGUGUGUCUGGUUUGCGACCUUGUCAUAGAGGGAACCAGCAGCCAGCAUGAUGGGGGGCAGAGAGGGGCGUGUGAGGAGACAGUUGCCGCUUGCUCCAUCGACUCCCUGGCAACAGUGAUGUCCAAAGUAAGUGUGGGAGACAAACUUGGCAGCUUAGUGGGCACUGUGCUGCCUCGUCACCUGUUGCACUCCACGGCCAUCUGUAGCAAGUGCUUCCAUCUCAUCAAUGAACUGGAAAUUCUGGAACACCGACUGUCUUUUCUCUCCUGA